UUGAAUGAUGUGUACUUGUUUCAAGUGGAGUUUAUUGUUUAGUGAGCAAUGUUUGAUUCGUCUCAUAUUGUCAUUGCUGCACAGAAGUGCUUGUGUGUCCGUAAGAAACGUAUAAAUUCGUCAACAUGUCUUAAUUUAACUGUUCAAAUUUUGGCCGUGGAUCUGGGCGUCAAAUAUGCCGUGCUGUACGACUGUAAUGCAGCAUCACCAGAACAAAUCCAGCUCUUCCUCAAAUCUCUGCAGGAAUUAGGAAUUGUGAAAAGUACACUUCGGGUGCUCUCCAUAGAUGACAACACAAUCAUUUUUAAUCCUACCGCAAUGGAGUCCUACCUGAAUGAACUGCUUCAAAACAAACGCGUGUUUCUUAUUGACAUAAGUCCCUCUAGAAAACAGCCGGUCUUGACUGGCUUUGAAGAAAGAACCGAGAAUAUGAUCAAAUCUCUUUCAGGAUUGAUCAUUAAUGGGGUGGACGAAAGCUCAUCAGUCAUUGUGGUGGAAAAUGAGUUUUAUGUUAAGUGGAACUUGUGCACUCUCUUUGGUAUCCUGUUAGGUUAUCCAGCCACUUACUGGUUUGACCAAACCAAGGGAUUUGACAAUUGUUUGUCUAUGAUACCACUGGCAGCGUGCACUGUUCGUGUCAAGUGGCAGAUAAAUGACAUAAAUCAUUGCAGUUGUCUGUACUCAUUCAGUAUUCCUGAUGAACUGUGGGGGGAAUUACAAACUCACAUGCAGCAGUGGACUGAGAGUCUGAGAGAAAGAUUUAACAAACAGACAAUUUUGUCCGAUUUCUGCUUUACUAGGGAUAUUAUUACUUUACCUGCCGUGACUCUGUGACCAAACCACUGAUUUUUCAUGUUAAUAAUACAAACUGAUAAUAAACUAUUUUGCUAAAUUGUCA